AACAACUACAGAAAACUGAAACGUCCCCAAAACUUAAUAUUAGCAAUUUACACACCGAAAUCUCUCUCUCAUUCUCUGCGCCCCACCCCCACCCCUUCCCUUCCUCCUCCUCCUCGAAAUCGCUACUGAGAAACCCUAAUCCUUCUCCUCCGUUCCCGUAAUCCCCCCAAUCCUUCCCAGAUUGCACGCCGCGCCGCCGCCUCCUCUCCUCUCCCGUUCCCGUCGCCGGACUCGCCGGCCGGAAUUUGAGGACGCCCGGUUUUCGUUUUCGGCCCUCCUCCUCUUGCUCGGGCGGAGCUUGGUUUUGUCGUCGCUCCGGAAUCGAUUGCGGCGGCGGUGGCGGCGGUUGUGGCGGUGUCGGUGGUGGGCCGGGGGUGCUGGGUUCCACUCCUCUGAAUCCGUCGGACGGGGUUUCGCGCCGCCCUUCAAACCCUAGGCCGCCGGGAGUUAUCGGGUUCUCGCGUCCUAGGGUUCUGUCGGCGGGGUAAUCCGGGCAUUGGACCCCCCGCGCGCGCGGGGUUUCGGAUUUGAGUGCCCCUCAUUGGAUUUAAUUUGGGGGUUGGUAUCGUCGGAAUUCCGUCCGGCGCGGGGCUGUCGCGGGGGAAUUCGGGUGCGUGCUUUUUCGCGUAAUGAGGGUCGCCUGCCCUUGAUUCGUGCGUGUGAAAUCCCAUCUUUUCGUUGGGAUGGAGGAGUCCUAGAGGGGAGCCCUCUUGUCAUCAUCCUACUUAUGUCGGGGUAAUGCGUCUUCGGGUUGCCAUUGCCUUCGUACUCUAGCUUCGCGUUUGCAUCAGGAUUUUGUUCCUCUGAUAGACUUGCCUAGCUGCUUAUUGAAGCGGCUCGACCGUCCUUCGAGGGGGUCGUGACGCGGUUACUUCUGAUUAGGAAGGGACAUUCGUUUUUAGGAUAAGGUUUCCGUGACUCUGACCAGAUGGGAAAGGGCGGCGAAGUUUAGUUGUUCGGUUUAGGCUCUUAAUAUUCUCUGAGGAUGUGCAUUGCUCCCGAUGGAAAGAAGUGAACCCACUUUAGUUCCAGAGUGGCUGAGGAAUUCUGGCGGCGGCGGUGCUUUGGGGGUCAGCAGCUCAGCCAACCACUCUUCUCAUUCAGAACCUCCGUCAUCGGGAUCUCGUAGGAGAAGUAAAACUUCCAAGGGCGGGAAUGACUUUGAUGGCCGCCACUCAUCAUUAGACCGCACAUCUUCACUUAAUUUACGGGGGAGUUCUGGUAAUAAUGGUCUUGUAAAGAAUGCAUACAGUAGUUUCAGUAGGAGUCACCGCGACAGGGACCGCGACAGGGAAAGAGGACGGUCAAGUUAUGAUGAGUGUUGGGACCUUGAUGGCUCUGAUUCACUGGGAUGUGUCUUAAAUAGUAGGAUUGAGAAAGAUCCAUUGAGGCAUUCCCAUUCGAUGAUUCCAAGAAGGCUUGGUGAACUGUUGCCUCGCCGUGUGGUUCCAGAGGUAAAAACUGGAAGCAAUGAUGCUCAAAAUAACAUUGCUAAGAAUGGUCCAAUUUCUGGGGUUAGUACCAUUCAGCAUGCUGUAUCUGAGAAGGAUUUUCCGUUGCUUGGAGCUGAAGAAAGGCAAGGAAUGGUGGAUAAAGGAAGAGCCUCAUCCCCUGGUUUGCCUUCCAACAUCAAUUGUUUGCCAGGUGCUAGUUCAGCAUUAGCUAGUAGUGAAGGAUGGACAUCGGCUCUGGCACAGGUUCCGAGCAUCUCUCCUACUAAUGGCGUACAAUCCUCUUCUCAUCAACAAAUUGCAGUUGCUGCUCCGGUAUGUGGGACUGCAAUGGCAACGACUGGUCUUAAAAUGGCUGAAGCUUUAGCACAGGCUCCGCUGCGAGCAAAAACUGAUCCCACGUUGUCAGUGAAGACACAGAGGCUUGAAGAGUUGGCCAUUAAGCAAUCUAGGCAGCUUAUACCGGUGACCCCUUCAGGUUCUAAGACUUCGGUGCUUAAUUCGUCAGAAAAAUCCAAGUUGAAAGCAGCUGUCCGAAAUGGGGAGAGAAUUUCUGUCGUCAGGAGUGGGCAACAGCAGCCUUCUUUAUCUGCUAAUCAGUUUCUUCGAGGUGGGCAUACUAAAUUAGAAUCACCACAGACACCUCAUGCUGGGAAGUUUUUUGUCCUUAAGCCCACCAGGGAGAAUGGUGUUUCUUCUGCUCCAAAGGAUAUGGGAAGCCCAACCAGUGGUAGUAGCAGCAAAUCAUUGAGUAGCCAGCCUACUGUUGCUAGUUCUGCAGCUACUGCUCCUUUGAAAAAUGCAAUCAACCCAACGCAUUCCUCUCUGGAGGACAAGUCUGUUGUCACCUUUCUGAACCAGGCUACAGUUUUGGAGAAGAGACCUUCCUCAUCUCAUGCACAAAGCCGAAGUGAGUUUUUCAAACUCAUUAAAAAGAAAAACUCAACAAAAGGUUCUUCUGUUCUCUUAGAGUCAGGCCCUGCAGUCUCAUCUCCAAGCAGAGAAAGUUCUUGUCAGUUAAUUGAGGAAUCAGUCAAUGCCCCUGGAAGUCCUGUUGCUGACAAUGGUGGUGAGAUGUGUAGCAGUGGUGGCAACUCCUUAGAAGCACUGAGACUUCCUAAUGUUGAAGAUGAUCAUAGGAGUCUCACAGCAGCAGUUUAUCCAAAUGAGGAAGAGGCUGCUUUUCUUCGUUCCCUUGGAUGGGAGGAGAAUGCUGGUGAAGAUGAAGGUCUCACAGAAGAGGAGAUCAGUGCUUUUAUUGAAGAGUACACAAAAAAGAGGCCAUCUUCAAAUGUCUGCCGAGCAGUGGAGCCAAUCCUCUCAAAACUGUCUGAAACUCGCAUUGGUAGUAUUGGCGGAGCCUCUGCGGACAUCUCUGAUUCAGGAUUCAAAGCUUGAUUUACCAGCUCUGGAAGUCCAAAUUUUGUUGGCUGGAUGGUCCUUUGUUUUUGAAGGGACACCAAUCUUGGGGUAUGCAGGAGGAUAGGUUCCUGUGGGGAUUCUACAAAUAGUUCAAUAAGAUGGAGCUUUCAUGUUUGCUUGUGGAAAAAAAGAAGAAGAGAAUUCUAGGGAAUUUUGUUUUCAGGAUAGAUAGAGGGUUUACCUUUUCGGUGGAGGUGCUGAGGAGUCCAGCAUCUUUUGGGGUAUUUUGGUCCUUAAUUUUCCUUCUCCUUGAAGAGGGUUCCGAUCUUUAGGAAGAAAUGCUUCUGGUGUUUCUUUUCAUUUUACGACUGAGAAAAAGGAAAAAGAAAGAGGAAGUUCAACGAUUCGGUUCCUUUGUUGCUUAUGCAGGUUCAUAUUGGGAGUUAUCUCCGACUCCAGCGA